UGGUGGCCAAUUGAAUCGAGGCAGAUCGCAGAUCUCAGACCAAGAACAAUGCGCAUUCUUCAUUGUUCGUUCAAUUGGGUAACGUGCUCUAGCUAAUUUUGCAUUCGGUACAACAUAAACCCAUAAAAAUAUGAAUCAGUCCGGUGUCCACAAAAAGAAGCCAAGGAUUCGGAAUCGCCAGAGGAACAAGAUCAACCAGGUGCAUCAAGAGCAAGAGGAAGCCGCAGAAAAAAAUGUGGAGCAAGUGGAAAUGGUUGCCAAAAGUGAUGACUCCCAAGGGGAAACUCCCCUCAAAAGUGAACCACCUCCGGUGAAAAAUCCCACAAAAAGUGGAAUCUCUUUAAUGGAAGCGUUAUUUAAUAAUGGGCCGGUGGAAAACCCACAAGAGAAUGAUACCAUUAGGCUUAUACAGGAACUGUUACGUAGAAAAUUAUUGGCCAAAAAUAAUGCAGCAACAACUAGCAAAGCAGAGCCGCUUGUUCCUGUCCAAGCCAAAAUAGUUAGCCCACCAAAGGAAAUUAAAAUUGAAAAAGAAAAACCAAAGAUUUCCAGUGCAUUUGAAAAUCAAAAAGGGCCGGUAGAACCCAAGACAAUCGGAAAACCAUCAAGGGAUGUGAAAGCUGAUGAAAUGGAUGAGUUGCUCAAAUGCUUGGGCAGCAAAUUACCAAAAGGUUCUGGAGAAUCCCCAGCUGCCGCGCUAUUCAGCAAUCUGGGCAAGCUAUUCAGCCAAGCGCCUCCAAGCGAUGUGGAGUCAUCCGACGAAGAGGCGGAGGAGUAUGUGGAGUACAUCUAUAAGCCAAGACAAUACUUCAUGGCCUCAUUGUGCAAUUUCUGCAAGGCGGAUUUGUGUGGCCAAAAUCGGAUACCCUGUUCCCGCUGCGGACUGAGCUACUACUGCAGUGCUGGCCACAUGAAAGACGACCAGGAACACCGGCAACUGUGCUAUGCAAUUCGCCAAACGGUGGAUCGCAAUGGUCACGAUAUGUUCUACAAGUGCGGCGACUUCAGUGGCGAGCAGUUCCGUUCCUACCGGAUAGUGUGCAUUCGCCAGGUGGAGAAGGAGAUGAAUCGCCAGCUCUCGGCAACGGAACAGGAGUUGCUCCUCUUUCCCAUGAUCUGUGGUGAAUCCAAGUGCCGGGAGCACCGCUUCAAGCGUUUGUCCUUUUGCGGCGGAUGUGGCGAGUUGGCCUUCUGCAAGGAUAAACCGGAGCAUUGCAGCAAGGAGCAUGCUAAGUGGUGCGGAGCCUACCAACUGUUCAAGGCUUUCAUCAUGUUUCAGGCGAACUUCGGUCGGCUGGACCCAUCACUGCCUAAUAAGGUCCUCAGAGAGCUGCCCAUGGCUUGCUCCAACACCAAAAGCAUUAUGAAGAAGCUGAAUUUCAAUGUCACAAAUGAGUGCGAGUACGCAGCACUUACUCAGGUGUCCACAGGACCUUUAACAGCCUGGUUUGCUCUAAAACUCUGUGAGCGUCUAAGGAAUUGUGAGGAGUUGACUCUUCAUUUGAUUGGAGCCGAGAUCGAAUUUGAAGUGGAUAUGCUACAAAAAUGGGAACUAUUUCUUCUUCACAUAAUGCCAACUGUAAAAAUCCUAAAUGUGGUUUUUAUUGGACCCGAACUGAAUCCCAAUAAUAUAUCCUUUGAGCAGCUAAAGAAAAUCAAGUGCUGUCGCUUGUGCAGAAAAGCUAAGAGAACAGUAAAUUAUCAUUUCGAGAAUGCUUUGUACCACGAUUACUGCAAGGAACCGCAUUUUCUUCAGCCGAAUUUGGUUUGCUUCUUUAACUCUGGUCUAUACCGGUCAACGGGAUAUGCCCUCGAGGAUACUUGGCCAGAUACUAUUCAAGCUACACUUAAUCUCAAUUGUCCUAUUGUAGUAACCUCAUAUACAAAGUACGAGGCUCCUCUGGAUAUGGCGCACUUUAUCAACCAAUCGAAUCGUCAUUUAAAUGUCGUAUUGCCACCGACAACAAAUCCAUUUUCUUCUGAGAAGCCAGAACGUAAUUUUAUAUCCGAUAACGAAGCUCCUUUUAUGUUCAAGAACUUCUAUUGCUUUGUUGUUGAGUGAAUAAUUGGAAGUGAGAAAAGACUGUUUAUUUUGAACUUAUAAAUAAAGACACAAGUUUAAAUAAA